AUGACAUUGCUGUUACGGUUGAAUUCACCAACUUCAAAUGUUUAUAUGAAAUUAAGUAUGAUUUGGCUUAUGGUUUCAUUGCUAAGUGAAGGAAAAACAGAAUCACUCAUCCCUGCAGAGGAAGACCAGGCAGCUUCUGCCAGUGAAAACAGUCUCCAACUAGGACUGCCACUUUACCAGUUGACAUCAACUCCAAUUCAGUCUCAAACUGUCCAGUCGUCAGAUAGAAGAAUGAGCUUAGAAGAUUUUUUCCUCAACGGUAAUAGCCAGCAACAAGCUGGGCAGCAGGCUGCACAGCAACAAGCUCCAGUGGCGCAAUUUCAAGUUAAUCAACCAGAUCCCAAUUCCAUCCUUUUCUCUAGAGACACCCAGUUCCCUAGUUCUAGUGGAGGAAUCAUAUCUCGCAUGUUAAUGCUAAGAAGAAUGCUCCGUCUUCGAAGGAUGGUCAGACGAUUGACACUAAUACCCAGGGUUUUAGGCCUUGGCCUUGGCCCAUUACGAAGGGCUCAAGUUGAUCCCGUGCAGUCUGCGCAACAACCGUUGUCAAUAUUCAACAACAGAGUGGGACAAUCCUAUCCAGAACCAUACAAUCCUCGAGAUUACGUAUUUGGAGACAAAGCUUUCAGCUACAACAAUACCUCUUCAAAGCAAGCAAGUGAUUCAAGUUCGGAUCAGCAGCAACAGCAGACACGAGAUUUUCCUUUGGAAGCAGAACCUUAUUAUGACAGUGUUAAUGAUUUGCCUUAUAACCUUUAUGACGAUUCUAAUCAGAAAUCAGCAGAUAGUUUCGAAUCGGAUGAGUUAAGAGAUCAGCAAUUACAACAACAGAACUAUAAUUCAAUUAGACCUUUAGUAGAUAGUAAUCGUCAGAUUUUGCCACAAGAUUAUGAUAAUUCGGAUCAGAGCAACAACCAACUUCAAACUUUGCAGCUUUUGCAAUUGCUGCAAGACUACCAAAGACUUCAAGAUCAAAAUCAAGCUUUGAAUGCUCAGAAAAAUCAAAAUGACUAUGAUUUACGAGCUCAAAACCAGCUGCAAAAUAAUAAUAAUCAGCUAUUAUCGCAGCAUCGUCAAAACAAUCAAGAUCAGUACAAUCAACAACAAAGCUUCUUGGAGGAAGAAAAGCUAUAUGAACAACUUGAAAAACUGCGGGAGCAACAGCAACUAAUUCUGCAAGAACAACAGUUGAGACAACAGCUGCAGCAACUAAUACUGGCACAACAAGCUCACAAUUCUCAAGACCUGAAAACUCAACACAUAAACUCUGCUUCUUAUGAGCAUGGUCACAGUAAAAACCAUAACUAUAAUGACUUUCAGAGCAAUCACCAACCUCAAGAGCCAAAGUUCAAAGUAGAAGCUGAAAACACUCCUGGAGACAGGACUGAAAAUACUGGAUUUGUGCGUGGAGGAUCACCUGGUUUUUCCCCAAAUCCUGGAGCAACUUCCAUCGGUGGUGGUGUAGGAGUUAAUGUAGGAAUAAAACCUCCAGCAGUUGAUGUUCAAGUUACAAAGCCAGUAGGACCUAUUGCACCGAUCCCAAACCCCUUCCCUCAUAAACCUGUUCCCCCUAUUGUUGAAGAACCAUUAGUUCCUAUAGGGAUUUUACCUAAACCGAUAUUAAAUCUUAAAGGUAGGAUGUUUUUUGGAGCAGAAUUAGGUAAAGGUAUCGGAGUCAAGGCAGGUCGAUAA